GGAGGGCGCGAGGAGACGGAGGAGAGGUCCAGGGAGACGGAAAAGUGAGAAAACGUGAGGAGUGACGGUGCUAAGGAGUGAAAACCUGAACUUUAACCGGUUUGUGCUGAAUCAGCUGCCUCCUGUAUCAAUAAUCCUGGACUUCUGAUCUGGACGAGGUCUGAUAGUGGCCAUCAUUACCUGCUAGUCUUGUAUUAUUGAACCUGUCUGGACCAAAGAGCAGUUAUUAUCAAAGAGUGGAGGAUAAAGACUGGUGUUGGAUUCUCAUUGGUCAACUGUGAUUGGUUGGAAAGCUAACGAGACUCCCUGAUUGGUCAGUCAGAGGAAAAAGCCGAUCAAUGGCGGCGUCAGAACUGAUGCAGAGUGACGACGAUGUCCGCCCUCAUGUGGAAGUAAACGUCACCACAAUGAAUCCGCCCACACCUCCCCGUCCUCCGAGGGUUUCCAACGGUAACCCUCCUCGCCACGCCUCCUCAUCGUCUCCGUCCAGAGAUGCCCAUGACGGGAGGAAGCAAGAGCGCAGCAAGCUGAGCACCCUUCUCCAGCAGAACCAGCUGAUUCACUCGCUGAGCAGCGGGCUCAGGAAACACUGCGACUACGUCAAGAUCAGCGUCCCUGAAGAGAGAGCCAACCGCCUCCCUACGGAGUGGUGGAAGACGGGCGUGGCCUUCCUCUACGCUGUGUUCAACCUGGUCUUCACCACCGUCAUCAUCACCGUCGUUCACGAGAGAGUGCCAGACAAGUCAAUCAGCCCGCCGCUGCCUGACAAGUUCUUCGACUACGUGGAUCGAGUGCCGUGGGCGUUCACCGUCACCGAGGUCAACGGGCUGAUCCUGUCCGGGCUGUGGCUCGUCCAGUGGCUCUUCCUCAAACACAAAGCUAUCAUUGGCCGUCGGUGUUUCUUCCUGAUCGGGACCCUCUACAUGUAUCGCUGCGUCACCAUGUACAUCACCACCCUGCCUGUCCCGGGGAAACAUAUGGUCUGCGCUCCAAAGCUUUACAACGACUCCACGGGGAAAGUCUGGAGGAUUUUACGGCUCAUAUCAGGAGGAGGUUUGUCUCUGACGGGCUCUCACCUGAUGUGUGGUGACUUCCUGUACAGCGGUCACACCGUCAUGUGUACGCUGUCCUACCUCUUCAUCAAAGAGUACUCCCCUCGCUGGAUGUGGUGGUAUCACUGGUUCUGCUGGCUGCUCAGCGCCUCAGGAGUCCUCUGCAUCCUGAUCGCUCAUGAGCACUACAGCAUCGACGUGGUCAUCGGAUACUUCGCCACCACCAGGACGUUCUGGUGGUACCACACCAUGGCCAACACGCAUUCGCUCCGUCAGGCCUCCAGUAACUACUUAUCCAGGACCUGGUGGAACCCAAUCUUCAACUUUAUGGAGAAGAACGUUCAGACAACGGUCCCUAUCGUGUUCUCGUGGCCCGUUAACCUGCCGUCGUCCUGCAGACAGCGCUACAGGAUAGUGGAGGGAGGGAGGGACGAGUGAGCGGCGUCCAUGGCUGUUGACUCUUUAAAAAGAUGGAAAACUUUACUGGCAGAUCCAGCUCUCUCCUCACAGAGGGAGAGGACACACAGAGGAGGUUUGAACGUUUACAGUAUCAUCAGCUGUCUGAGUCGUCAUACUGUUUACCCCUGAAAAGGGGACGAUAUUUAAGGACUUGUUUUUGAUUUAAAGAGUUACUAAGUAUUACCAGACCAUCAAUAAAUGGUAAAUAACUGUUGAUUUAAAGCCAAAUGCUCUUUUUAAAGUUGGCCUCACCUCAUCCUACUCACCAUCUAGCUGCCCAGUAAUCCCCUGUAAGACUUGAUUUUUAAAUUGAUGCAAACCAAAACUUUAUUUAAAAGGUUACGACGGCUAAUAUCACUGCCACAAAAACAAACCACCGGUCAGUUUAUCUGCUCAUCAGUGAGGUAUUUAUCAGCUACGGAAAUGUUCAAACCAAACUUCUGCCAGGUUACUAAAGUGCCAGUCAAUGAACCCUCAGGAAUCAUUGUUGAACGACUGCUUUUUCAUGUAGCUGGGUGCUCUGUAUGUAGAAAUGUUCUGAUGAUAACUGCAGAGUACCGCUCCAUUUAGAGCUGUAAAACUUUCCUCCGUUCAUAUUCAUUCCUAAUGGCUGUCCCCCACUUCCUGCCCCACACCGGACAUUCAGCAUUAUGUGAUUGCAAUCAACCAAUUGGAAAACAAACGCUAAACUGCUAGCUACCUAGCAUUCUCAGGGCUAUCAUUCAGAUGUAUCUUAAUGGUUGAAAGUGCUUUUAAUGGUUGUAAACUGGUGCUGUUGGCCAAACUGCUAACAAGGAAAGAAAAUGUUCUGGACACGAAUAUACCAAAAACCAACUAAAUGUUUAUGUAAAGAGAUUAAUCAUUCUGAUUGUCAGCUAACCAGCUAGCCAAACAGCCACUUGUAGCUGAAUCGCUCGCCACAAGUCCCAACUUCAGCUCUUUUCACAUCAGUGUGACGACAUGAUAAAAUCCCCACCAUGCCCGAGCAUAUUUGACUCCUAAAGCCCAGCUUGUUUGACCAGAGUGAGUGCACUGUACCAUGCUAAGGCACGGUACACUCACAGACGAUCCAGUAUGGACACAACGUACAACCAACAUGAAUCAAAGCAGAGCCUUAGCCAGUGGAGAUGAACUGUUAGAGGGCUAUAUCUUACAAAAACAACUUAAAAACCCUUAAGUUAGUAAAGUUGCAGUUAUGUCCUGUGUUCUCCAACGGUACAGGCGCUAGGCCUUAGUGAAAGCUCCCCUGGGAGUUCAUGGCUGUAUUUAAUGAGUAUUGUUGUAAAUGUUUUUCUAAACUUGAUUUUUAAGUUAUAUUUUCAAGUGUGUAAAGUCUGGAGACCAUGAUCGUCAGAGUUUUUUAUGUUUGUUUUCUAAGUUUUGUCGUUCUUUUUGUAAAUCUAGUGAUUGCAACAGUAACUUGACUAAAAAGUCCAUGAAAGUGCUGCUGACUUAAAGUCGGAUUAAUGAAGACUGUACUGCCAUAAAGCUCCAGUUACUUUUAUCCAAGUGUUACCGGAUGUUUUUUUUAAUGUCAGAGUUUAUUAUAUAAAUAAA